UGUAAAAAAGGUGUGGGUGAUGGUGGUCAGUACUUGAAGGCUAAAAGGUUUAUGCUUUGUGAAAGCUUAAAAAUUAAAUGCAUGAAGAAGCAAUGAAUCUUUCACUUAAGCCAAACAGUACUGUUCCCCACAGCUAACAUGGACUAUAGGAGAUGUGUUGGUACUUUUGUGCUUCUUUGACAAACAGGAUAACUGAAUAGCUUAUAGCAAUCUCCUGGAUAUCACUAAGAUAGCAGUAAAUUUACAUAAUAACUCUGCAUAUUGCGUUUUUCCUUGAUUUGAGAGAUUCACUGCAAGUUCAUCAUUUUAACAAAGUAACAUUCUCAGAAUUUCAUUGACAAACUGUUGCAAAAGUUUUGACAAGUUUCUGUAUGAUCUGAACUGCAUUUUAUCCAAACGACUGAUUUCUUAACAUUUUAUUUCGGAAGUCUCCAAGCGUUAAAAUGAAUUCAAGAGUUCAUCUGCUCCAAGGUUAUUAUAUUCUAUAAAUAUAUGUUCUGCAGAGGGAAACCUAAUAAAAAGAAUGAUGAAGAGAUACAUUUUUAAACUUGGUAGAUUGUGGCUGCUGAUAUUGUCUUUCUGUUGGUAAAAUCUAUUAUACAGCUUCCAGAAGUGCUCAGUAGUUAAUCAUUUCAUGUAGUGCACUUUUUCAGAAAUGAGGAAGAUGCAACAGAUUAGUCUACAAAUUAAAAUCUUGAGGCGUGAAUUGGACCAUCAAAGAAGGAAGAUGCAUCUUGCAGAGCAAGGAAAUGAAAGGCUGAUGGGAGACUUGGUGCAUAUACAGAAAGAAUUGAAUCAUCAAAUAAAGGAUAGAGAAAAGAGCCAAGCUGAGCUUGAACACAAAACUUUACGCAUUGAGAAGGAACAACUGAUAGCUCAGAUUGACGUACUGAAAAAGACAUUGGCUGAAAAGGAUGAUGAGCUUCAGGAUAUGGAAGCUCUAAACCAGACACUAAUACUUAAAGAGCGAUCAAGUAACCUUGAGUUACAGGAUGCACGAAAAGAAUUGACAAGUGUUUUGUCAAAUUUAGUGGAUAGAACCACAAUUGGAGUUAAAAGGAUGGGAGAGAUUGACCAAAAACCUUUUCAAGACGUUUGUGCAAAGAAGUUUUCUCGCUCAGACUGGGAGGUUAGAUCAGUGGAAUCAAUCUCAUUGUGGCAAGAAAAAGUAAGCAACCCAAGCUGGCAACCAUUCAAGAACACCUUAAAAGAUGGAAAGUGGCAGGAAAUUAUUGAUGAAGAUGAUGGGGAGUUAAAACGACUGAGACAUGAUUGGGGCGAGGAUGCAUACACCGCCGUUGUCAAUGCAUUGCUGGAACUAAACGAGUACAACCCCAGUGGGCGGUAUGUAGUUCAAGAACUUUGGAACUUUAAGGAGGGAAGAAAGGCCAGUUUGCAGGAGGUGAUACAGUGCAUGGCUCAGGAGUUGAAGAAUACUGAGGCUUACAAGCGUAGGAUGUGAUUGAACGUCGAUAGAUUCCUGCACUUGGUUUUGCUUUGGCAUGUAAAUUAUUGUCUGCUUUUCAACAAUGUACUUUAUUGCUCUCAUUAUGGAAUGGUUUGAUAAGAUUUCGAAAUGGGAUCCAACCUCGACUCUUUCUACACGUAAA